AUGACAUUUUCCGGUUUCAAUAUCACGCAACUGGCAAGACACGAGGAAAACUGCAACUUGGUGCAUACCGAGAAGCGUUGGUACAGCUCCCUUAUGGACGCAAAUCUGUUGCGAGCCGAGAUCUGCGACGAGAGUCCUGAGUCCGGAGUCGACUACCAGACACAGCCCAGUGCUCAACUUGACUUCUCGCCUCCGCCACAGUUGCAUUACGACCAAGAGCUUGUGGUGGCAACCUGUCGCGUCUGUCAGGCUCCUGUCAGCAUGCCAGUGGCCAUGUGUUUUAUGAAUCUGGACUCUUAUCAGACGGUGCUGGCGGGUCAGCUGGUCUGCAGGCCACUUUCGCAAGACGUCAAUGCAGUUGGCAACGGUGAAGCCGAAGGUACCAGUGGCUGUAGGUACCAAAAGGAAAGCAUUGAGCUGAACUAUUCUCAGCAUAAUGACCAGAUGCUUGUCUGCUUCGCAAUCGCCGAGCAUAUAUCGAAUCAGCGGUUCAAGGUAAGUUGA